GAUUGCUAUACGUAAACAGUCCCCGCGUCGCUCGCAGGAGGUCAGGUUUUCCUAAAUUAACUCUGUAGCACAGCUGGGGACAGAGUAGCGGAGGUAACACAAGGUGAAUUAAGCUCAUCCACUGCGAUCUGUUGUGACUGAAUUUGGAUGCUUGCUGUAAUUUCAAGACAUUAAGUUAUGGCAAUAUACUAGAUUGUAGUACUACCUUUUGGCAAGGAUUUCAAUAUAAGCCAGUCAUGACAACCACAGAGCAAAAUGCUGUCAAUAAGUCCUGGGAACUCUCCUUGUAUGAACUCCACAGAACACCACAAGAAGCUAUUACAGACAAUACGGAAAUUGCUGUUUCCCCACGAUCCCUUCACUCUGAACUCAUGUGCCCAAUAUGCCUCGACAUGCUAAAAAAUACUAUGACCACAAAGGAGUGCCUUCAUCGAUUCUGUCAGGAAUGUAUCAUCACAGCAUUAAGAUCUGGUAACAAAGAGUGUCCAACUUGCCGAAAAAAACUAGUAUCCAAGAGGUCAUUACGACCUGAUCCAAAUUUUGACACACUGAUUUCCAAGAUUUACCCUAGUCGUGAUGAAUAUGAGCAGCAUCAAGAACGAGUGUUUGCCAAGCUCAAUAAAAAUCAUAAUCAUGCUUCUCUGAUUACGUCAAUUGAAGAGGGCAUCAAACUUCAGAUCCAGAGUCGGCAGAAAAAUCGUAAAGCCAUGCAAGAUGAAGGCACUACUCCUACGCCCACUCCAUCAGCGCCCUCUACGCCUACCCCCAGUGAGCCCCCGAGUACUCCGACUACUACUAAUACUAGUAGUGCCAAUGCCACGACUCCCACAAGUGCUGCAGCCACUACAAAUACCACCACUCCAACAAAUGCAGCGUCUUCAACAAUAGGGCCAAGGAUGAAGAAACCACGAAGAACAUCUGAAAAUGAAUCGGGAGCAGGGUCCAGUAAUGAUGGCAACCCAGGUGAAGAGGCAGAAGGCCCUAGUGAAUCUGGUGAGAUUGAACUAGUGUUCAGACCACAUCCUCUUGAGAUGAACGAGGACAAUGAGCUUAUUAGAGAACUAAAGGAUUCUUCCAUACGCUACAUUAAAACAACCGCAAAUGCAACUAUUGAUCACUUAUCCAAGUAUCUUGCCAUGAGACUUACUUUGGCAAACCGAACAGGAGAACUAGAGACGGAACUUCCUUCAUCCCUCAAUAACUUCUGUAUAUACAUUGCACCAACACCAGAUCAGUACAUCGUUGUCGUUGGCUCGCUUACGUUAGAGCAAAUAAAUGAGAAAUACUGGAGAGUAAACAAACCUAUGGAAAUGUUUUACUCAUGGAAGAAAAAUUAGAGAUGAAAAGGACUUCAGAAAAAAAAUAUAUCCAAGAUAUUUCUUGCAAGACUUGUGGCACGAAUGUUCCGGAGAUCAAAAGUGUGCUCGGAGAGUUAAAAAUCUAAAGUCUGCCAAAUAUAUCUAAUUGUUGUUUUUGGGCUGCUGUUAGGUAUUGACAUUAUAAACUUUAGAUUCUGACAAAUCCUUGAUCAAAAAUAAUGUACAUAGCAAAUUUUUACCUUUUAUUUUAGGAUUAACACUCCUUCGUACAACUUGGAAUGAUGAAAAGUGUAUACAGUACAUGCCUGUGUAAAACACACAUGUUGGUUAUAUACAUAUACAGUACAUGGAUACAGCAUAUAUGUGUGUGUGUGUGUGUGUGUGUGUGUGUGUGUG